CAUGCGUCUAACUUUCGCCGUUCUCCUGCUAACUUCCACUCUGUACGCCCUCAAGGCCGCCAGCCUCACCCCCGAGCAGAAGGCCAAGCUCGAGCAGUACAACAAAAACUGCCUGAGCUCGUCCGGAGCGAAACCGGACCAGGUCUCCAAGGCUCGCUCCGGGAAGUUCGCAGGCGAGCCGGAAGUCCAGAAGUAUUUCGGGUGCAUGAUGCGUUCGGUGGGAGUGAUAAACCAGGCCGGGCAGCUGCAGGUCGACGUGCUGAAGACCAAAGUGCCGAAAGAUAUGAAAAGGGACGAGGCGAUGAAGGUGUUUUUCGCCUGCAAGGAUAAGAAGGGGGGGAAUGCGGACGAGACGGCGUAUUUGUUGUAUAAGUGCUUCUGGGAGGCGUCGCCGAGACAUCUGGGGCUGGAUGGACAAUGGGCGAAACGUUCUAAAACUAAGCAACGUUUUCUGCGCUAUUUAUAUCACCCGGAUGGGCAACCAGCAGUCGUCAAGAGUACGCCGCCAGCUCCACCUGCACUUUUUACGACGCACUUUACAAUGGGGUCAGACGUGCCUCGGCCAGCAUUUAAAACAUUGAGCAGGUCGUUAAAUGGUCAUCUAUCGAUCCCGAAUUUCGUUCCUAAGCACACGUGCACAUAA